AAAGUAGCACAAGAAACCUUAAAUCAGAGAAUUUUCUUAUUUAUUUCAAGGUUUUUGAGAUUGGAAUAUGAAAACAUAUAAAUAGGCGGAUCCAACUAAUUGUCAUAUUAGGAGUCACAUACUUUGGAGACUGAAACAAAACCAAUAGCACAGCAGGAACAACAAACGAGAAACAGCAGCAGCUGCUUCACUACCGGUCGAUUUAGUGGGUAAAAAUGGCCAGGAAGAUGCUAAUUGAUGGUGAGCUGAGCAAACCAAAUGAAGAGGAGGCCCACUAUGACUUCGACUUGUUUGUUAUUGGGGCUGGAAGUGGUGGUGUUCGUGCCGCCAGAUUCUCGGCUAAUAUGGGAGCUAAGGUUGCCAUAUGUGAGCUUCCAUUUCAUCCUAUCAGUUCUGAAGUGAUUGGAGGAGUUGGUGGAACAUGUGUCAUUCGUGGUUGUGUUCCCAAAAAGAUUUUGGUGUAUGGAGCAUCUUUUGGCAGUGAAAUUCAGGAUGCUAAGAAUUAUGGCUGGGAAGUGAAUGACAAAGUUGAUUUCAACUGGAAGAAGCUUUUGCAGAAAAAGACAGAUGAAAUAGUUCGAUUAAAUGGCAUAUACAAGCGUUUAUUGUCGAACGCUGGGGUUAAAUUAUUUGAAGGAGAGGGUAAGCUAGUUGGUCCCAAUGAAGUUGAGGUGACACAGUUGGAUGGCACUAAAUUGAGCUAUUCAGCAAAGCACAUAUUGAUUGCAACUGGCGGUAGGGCUCAGCGACCUGGUAUUCCUGGUGAGGAACUGGGUAUAACAUCGGAUGAAGCAUUGAGUUUGGAGGAGUUGCCUAAACGCGCUGUAGUGCUUGGGGGAGGAUACAUUGCGGUCGAGUUUGCCUCAAUUUGGCGUGGGAUGGGCGCUUCUGUGGAUCUUUUCUUCAGAAGGGAACUUCCAUUGAGAGGUUUUGAUGAUGAAAUGAGGGCAGUUGCUGCAAGGAAUCUUGAAGCUAGGGGAAUUGAUUUACACCCAAGAACAAAUUUGACAGAGUUGAUUAAAACGGAGGAUGGCAUAAAAGUUAUCACAGAUCAUGGUGAAGAGCUGAUAGCGGAUGUUGUACUGUUCGCCACUGGUCGGGUUCCCAAUUCAAAGAGGUUGAACUUGGAAGCUGUGGGUGUGGAACUUGAUCCAAAAGGAGCUGUGAAGGUGGAUGAGUAUUCCCGUACCAACAUUCCUAGUAUAUGGGCUGUUGGUGAUGUUACAAACCGGGUUAACCUUACACCUGUUGCUCUAAUGGAGGGAACAUGUUUUGCAAAAACAGUUUUUGGUGGGGAACCUAGCAAACCGGAUUACAGAGAUAUACCUUGUGCAGUUUUUUGCAUACCACCUCUAUCCGUGGUGGGGCUUAGUGAAGAACAGGCAGUGGAGCAAGCCAAUGGGGAUCUAUUAGUUUUCACAUCAAGCUUCAAUCCAAUGAAGAACACUGUAUCCGGACGGCAAGAGAAGUCGGUUAUGAAGCUUGUUGUUGAUGCUGAGACGGAUAAAGUUCUAGGAGCGUCAAUGUGCGGGCCAGAUUCUCCUGAGAUCAUGCAGGGGAUUGCUAUUGCACUGAAAUGUGGAGCAACUAAAGCGCAAUUUGACAGUACAGUCGGAAUACACCCUUCUGCAGCGGAGGAAUUUGUGACCAUGCGUUCAGUGACUAGGCGUGUUUCUGCAAGUGGCAAACCAAAAACAACUCUAUAAGGUGGCAAACAUUAGGAAGAAAGAGUAAUAGUAUACAAGAUGCGGAGGAGACCGAGUCCUGUACUCUCCCAAGCUUAGGUAGUCCUUUCAAAUUGCCUAAAGGAAUGUAGACAUUUGGAAAUUGAAAAUGGUUGGAUUUUGUGCCAAUAAAAGUUUGACAUUACUUUAAUUCAUGAAGAUGCAGCGUUUUUCCAUUUGUCUGGCUAGAUAUGAUGCAAAUUCAUGUAGACCACAUUUGAUUACAUGAUAUGAUAUCUAAAUUAGUUUUGUGAUUU